AUGAUGGAUGCGUCGGAGUGCGGGGUGAGGGUGAUGUGCCGCUUCAGGCCCCUGAACGAGUCCGAAAUAAACAGAGGAGACAAAUACAUCCCCAAAUUCAAAGAGGACGACACCGUGGUCAUAACGAGUAAACCCUAUGUGUUCGACCGUGUGCUGCCUCCCAACACAUCACAGGAACAAGUGUACGACCAGUGUGCCAAACAGAUUGUUAAAGAUGUGCUGGGCGGUUACAAUGGGACCAUCUUCGCCUAUGGACAGACGUCCUCUGGGAAGACACACACUAUGGAGGGCAAGCUGCACGACCCCCAGCUGAUGGGAAUUAUCCCUCGCAUCGCCCACGACAUCUUUGACCACAUCUACUCAAUGGAUGAGAACCUUGAGUUUCACAUCAAGGUCUCCUAUUUUGAAAUCUACUUGGACAAGAUCAGAGACCUCCUGGAUGUGUCGAAGACUAACCUCGCUGUGCAUGAAGACAAAAACAGAGUGCCCUAUGUCAAGGGUUGUACUGAGCGUUUUGUGUCCAGUCCGGAGGAGGUGAUGGACGUCAUUGAUGAGGGCAAAGCCAAUCGACACGUGGCAGUGACUAACAUGAAUGAGCACAGCUCUCGCAGCCACAGCAUCUUCCUCAUCAACAUCAAGCAGGAAAACAUGGAGACAGAGAAGAAACUGUCGGGGAAGCUCUACCUGGUCGACUUGGCGGGCAGCGAGAAGGUCAGUAAGACAGGAGCAGAGGGGGCUGUAUUGGAUGAGGCCAAGAACAUCAACAAAUCCCUGUCAGCGCUGGGAAACGUCAUCUCAGCUCUAGCCGAGGGAACAAAAACCCACGUGCCGUACAGAGACAGUAAGAUGACUCGGAUCCUGCAGGACUCUCUGGGGGGAAACUGUCGCACCACCAUUAUCAUCUGCUGCUCGCCGUCCGUCUACAACGAGGCCGAGACCAAGUCCACACUCAUGUUUGGACAGAGAGCAAAGACCAUCAAGAACACAGUGUCGGUGAACCUGGAGCUGACGGCCGAGGAGUGGAAGAAGAAAUAUGAGAAGGAGAAGGAGAAGAACAAGAGUCUGAAAAAUAUCAUCCAGAGGCUGGAGGCUGAACUCAACCGCUGGAGGAACGGGGAGAACGUUCCUGAGGAGGAGCAGCUGAGCUCUAAAGACCAGAAGAGCGUCGAGCCUUACGAUAACACUCCCAUCAUCGACAACCUGCUGCCGGCCGGAGGAGGUGUCUCGGUCACCAGCGAUGAGCGGAGAAAAUACGAGGAGGAUGUCAGCAACCUGUACAAACAGCUGGAUGACAAGGAUGAUGAGAUCAACCAACACAGUCAGCUGGCUGAGAAACUCAAGGAACAGAUGAUGGACCAGGAAGAGCUGCUGGCGUCAACACGGCGUGACUACGAGAAGAUCCAGGAGGAGCUGUGUCGGCUGCAGACGGAGAACGAGCUGGCCAAGGAGGAGGUGAAGGAGGUGCUGCAGGCCCUGGAGGAGCUGGCCGUCAACUACGACCAGAAGAGCCAAGAGGUGGAGAAGAAAGAUCGAGCCAGCCUGCAGCUAGCCGAGGAGCUGCAGCACAAGACGGCGCUGCUGUCAGCGGUGCAGAGGGAGCUGACUCAGCUGCAGGAGCUGAAUGGCCUGCAGAGGAAGAGAGCCGCCGAGGUCCUCAACCUGCUACUGCGAGACCUCAGCGACAUUGGCGCCAUCAUCGGCACCAGCGACAUCAAAACCGCCGCAUCCUCAGAGACAAAGGGGAAUGGCUCAGCGGUGGAGGAGGAGUUCACUGUGGCUCGCCUCUACAUCAGCAAGAUGAAGUCCGAGGUCAAGUCUCUGGUGAAUCGCAGCAAGCAGCUGGAGAGCGCUCAGGCCGACACCCACCGCAAGAUCCAGGCCAAUGAAAAGGAGCUGGCAUCAUGUCAGCUGCUCAUCUCCCAGCACCAGGCCAAGAUCAAGUCUCUGACUGACUACAUGCAGAACAUGGAGCAGAAGAAACGGCAGCUCGAGGAGAGUCAGGACGCUCUGACCGACGAGCUGGCCAAACUGCAGUGUCAGGAGAAAAGACACGAGGUGUGUGGGGAGGAGAAGGAGAAGGAGGACUUCAGCAGACUGGAUGGAGACGAGGACAUUAAGAAAACAUUGGCGGAGCAGCUGGAGCACCACAGGGAGGCUCAUCAGAAGCAGCUCAGCCGCCUCCGAGAUGAGAUCGAAGACAAGCAGAGGGUGCUAGACGAACUCACAGAUCUAAACCAGGGUCUCUUACUGGAGCAACAGAGACUCAUGUCGGACUACGACAAACUGAAGGCUGAAGAACAGGAGAAGGAUGCAAAGCUACAGAAACUCAUACUGCUGAAUGAACAGAGCGAGCAGGCCAGAGAGGACUUGAAGGGCCUGGAGGAGACAGUGGCUAAAGAGUUGCAGACUCUCCAUAACCUGCGCAAACUCUUUGUUCAGGACCUCACUACACGGGUUAAGAAGAGCGCAGAGCUGGACUGUGAGGAGGGACUUGGCAACGUGGCCCAGAAACAGAAGAUCUCCUUCCUGGAGAACAACCUGGAACAGCUGACCAAGGUCCACAAGCAGCUGGUUCGAGACAAUGCAGACCUUCGCUGCGAGCUGCCCAAGCUGGAGAAGCGUUUGCGUGCGACGGCAGAGCGAGUCAAAUCCCUGGAGAACGCCCUGAAGGAGGCCAAGGAGAACGCCAUGAGGGACCGCAAACGCUACCAGCAGGAGGUGGACCGCAUCAAAGAGGCCGUCCGGGCCAAGAACAUGUCCAGGAGGGGGUACUCUGCACAGAUCGCAAAGCCCAUCCGGCCAGGCCAUCAUCCUCUGUCGUCCCCCAUCAGCAGCUCCAUUAGAGCCAGUGGCGUCUACGCCCACAACUAAAACCACACCUGCAAGUAAACCCUACAGACCAUAAACAACUCGCCGCAUGCUCACCGUCCCAUCUGGAACCACAAGCCUCGCCCCUCCUGUUGAACCAUCAAUGGGAGGCCAUCACGACAGACUGUCACUGCUCAGAGAAGCAACAUCCAUACAUCUAUGGUGUAUAUAAUGAUAUAUAAUGAAAUCAUGUUUAAUUUGCUGAAUGUAGAUGUCAGAGGCCUCAUUUAGAAAAUGUUAUGCUUUAUGUCCUAAAUUAUGCUUUUAGGAAAAACAGAUCGAUCUGUAAUUCUUCUUCUGAUGGAUCCUUUCAUUUAUAUUUGUAAUUAUGCAACAGAGUAAAACACACCAUUUAUAAAUGAGGCCCUGAGUUUCUUAAUGAAGGAUUAAGAUACAAAUUAGAAACGGGGGAAUCGAGAUCACCUGCUCUGAAGUUUAGCAGGUGACUUGUUGCGUUGUUUGUUUCUGAUUUCUGAUGGCGACUAUUUGUUUGUGUGGUUUUUCCGAUGCUUAAAGAGCCAGACAUAAACGGCAGUUUCUGUAGUUUUAUAAUUUAAUCUUAAACCAGCAUUCAUUCAGUUUUGGGAAACAUGUUUUUCCCACUCUCAUACCUGCCUGUUCAAUAUUGAAACUACAGCCGGUUAGCUUAGCUUAGCAUAAAGACUGGAAACAGGGGGAAACAGCUAGCCUGGCUCUGUCCAAAGCUAACAAAAUGUGCCUACCAGCACCUCUAAAGCUCAAGUUAAAUCACUGGUCUUGUCACUGCCGAGAGGUUGCCAAGCAACCAGCAGAAACUCCAGGAAGUGACUGUGCCCGACCAAGAAAUAUAUACAUAAUGUUGUGUAAAACCACAACUUGUUUUUUAUUACCUUUGGAAAGGCUAGCUGUUUCCAUUCUUAAAGA